GUAUUGGACCAAAAUGCGCUGACAAAGGUAACUGCUUGCAUCCCCUCUUACCCUCGGCACUGGUGGGUUGCAACUCGUGGUGUCGAGCCUCAUACGUCAACGCUGCAUCAUGUUGCUCAGAAAGGAAUUUGUUGAUUUCCUUAAGAGCCACAUAUUCGCGCGUUCGCCGUCAACGGUAAGGGAUGACCCCCAGCGGAAGGUAAGGACACCUGCGCAUGAGAUGGGAGGCAUUUCAUACACCAGAGGUAUAAGAAGGCGAGCGUUUUCUCUUGAAGUCAUGAAGUACCUUGCUCUGUCAGUAAAGCUACUACGGAAUUACAUCAAGUCGUAAUUAAACAACGAAAUUGACGACGAGCGAAAAUGGUUUUGACCAGUCAGGAACUUCUUCAGCGCCAUGAGGCGACUCUCAGCGGGUUCACACCGAUCCCUUUCUUCUCGGAAAUGACUCCUGAUCAAUUAUGUCGCAUGCUAAUUAUCACCUGUGCGGACCCCCGAUGCAUUCCGGAGAACAUUUUCGGUCUGAAGACCGGCGAGGCAGUCGUCUUGCGCGAUGCAGGAGGAAAUGCGCAAUACUUGCUGGAACAUAUCUUGAGCAUUGAUUCGCUGGUGCAGUUCACCGAGUGCAUCAUUGUUCAGCAUACAGAUUGCGGCGCCACACAUUUUCGCAACCAGCUUGUGAAGCAGGGGUUGAGAGAGCGUGCGCCAGACCACAAGAAGGAGAUUGAUGGGAUGACGUUCGGGGAGAUCACGGGGAGUCUGGAUGAUAAUGUCAAGAAGAGUAUUGCCUUUUUGCGGGAGAAUGCCUUGGUGAGCGACGCGAUCAAAGAGAACAUUCGGGGGUUUGUGUUUGAUAUCAAAACAGGUGAGUUGAAGGAGGUCGAGGCUUGA